AUGACCUUUGUCUAUUUGAGUUGCAAUGAACAGAUUAAAAAGGAUCAGUUCUCCUCACUCAUUAAUUUGGCUAAUUUCAUUCAACAUCCAUGGCUCCUUGCUGAUGAUUGGAAUUCCUACUUAAUUUCUGAAGAUAAAAUUGGUGGUCGGCCUAUCACCCACUUGCAAACGCAUCUGUUCAAAGAUUUUAAGAAUAAUGCUUGUGUUGCUGAAGUGAACCAGUUGGGAUACCCUUAUACAUGGAAUAAUAAACAAAUGGGACUACGCAGAAUCGAAGCCAAGCUUGAUCGGUUUUUCACUAAUAUGGAUUGGUUCUCUCUUCAUCCCAAUGCUUUGGUUACUACGCAGAUUAUGGCCACUUCUGAUCAUAGAGCACUGUUUCUCAAUAUAGAUUUGGUUCGCCCUCGUUCUCUCAAGCCAUUUCGUUUUGAAAACUUCUGGGUCCAUGAACCGGGUUUCUUAAACGUCAUAACAUCCUCUUGGAACUCCAAUCAACCUCUUGGUUCUCCAUCAUACACUGUAUGUUGUAAAUUACAACGACUGCAAGGCUCUCUCAAGAGUUGGAAUAAGUGUCACAUUGGUUAUAUUUUUCAGCAACUUGAGGACUCCAAGCACUCACUCUCUCUUCAUUACAAGGUCCCACCUGAUUUGCAUACAGUACAGUGGUUUAUUGAAGAAAAGAGGCUUAUAGCAUUGACUAACAAAUUUGUUUAUCAAGGGAAGUUCUGUGGCAGUAAAAGUCCAGAUUAA